AUGUCGAAAAGAAAAAUUGAAAACUUAUUUCUUAGUGAGUCAGAUAGCAGUGAAAAGGAAAGCUUAUACGAGGCUUACACAAAUUCGGAUAGUAGCGAUGAGGAAGAAAUCAGAUUUCCUAGAAAUGGAAAUAUGAAUAGAAUUAUAACGUCUGAUUCUGACUCGGAUAUGGAUAAGUGCAAUCGUAGUGGUACUGAAUGUAAUGAAGAUACUAUUAACCACAUUUUACAAGAAUAGGUCAUUGAGGAAGAAGGAAGAACUGAUAAUACCGAGGAAAGUACAAUACAAUUUAGUGAAUGGAGUGAAUUUAGUGGUCGGCAGAAGUCGUCAGAAGAAGAAGAAUUUUCUUUUCCCGAGACAGGUGGCCUCAUUAGGCAAUUACCUGGAGAUGUCAAUCCAUAUGAUGUGUUUGAGUUUUUCGUUGAUGAUGAAAUAAUAAACUUACUUGUAUCAGAAACAAAUAGAUAUGCGGAACAAAGUUAA